UUACAAAAAAUCAUUUGCAAAUUUACAAGCUGGAGGGAAGUACAUGAUUGUGGAUGUUGGAGGCGAAACUAUUCAGAUCACUGUUCUUGAAUUAUUGAGUGACGGGGAUUUUAGAGAACUAUAUGCGGAAUGUGAUGUAGGAAUGGGUGGAAACAAGGUAGAUGAAGCGUACGAAGCUUUUCUGACUGAGAUCUUUGGUGCAGAUGUUAUAAGAGAGUUCAAAAAGAACAAUCAAGAAGACUAUAAAGUUAUGCGUCGACAAUUCGAAAGCAUGAAGAUGAGUUUGAAUCUGCAUCAAAUAUAUGAAACAGAAAAUGUCUCUUUUAGAAUUUCAGGAUCAUUUUGUGACAUAGUUAAAGAGUCGGUAAAAGGGUCUAUCGCUCUAUCAAAAUAUCAGAACGAAUUUGUCCUUACCUGUGGCAAAGCGAAAAUCAAAUCUUGUGUUUUGAAGCGUUUCUUCGAAAUUCCAUUAAGAUGUAUCUUUGACAACAUGAAGGCAGUUUUCGCAGAACCACAAGUGUCUGGUUGCUCGACAAUUCUCAUGGUUGGUGGAUUUUCGAGGUCCCCAAUCCUGCAAGAAUACAUACAAAGACAAUUCCCAGAUAAAAACAUUAUUAUACCACAAGAGGCUGACAUAGCUGUGAUAAAAGGAGCUGUCAUUUUUGGCCAUACUUAG